GGCAAUGAAAAACGUAGUAGAGUACCUACGCUGUUUUGAUUCUUCUUUUACGAAAAUGAUAAUAGCUCCUACCUAAUUGUAGAUACAUUUUUCUUGAUUAUUAUUAUAAGUAGGUACUAAUAGUUUACUGACCAACAUGAUCAGUAAAUUUUACAACGUACUAAACAUAGUGUUAUAGGUAGGUACUUACUUAACUUCAUGUAUGACAAAAAAAUAUAUUGAUUUCCUCAUUAGAUAUUUAUGGCUGAGAAAACCACAAUAAAAUUUCUGAAACCAGCUCCAACUCUUUGCCGUGAAAUAAAAACUUUCAACACAAUAUAAUCGUAAAUUUUAUUGUUUUUGAUCCGGCUAAACAAAUAAUCGGAUAAUCUCAAAGUAAACAAACACAAUAUCUUGGGCCGCGAUCCCCUUCUGCCGGCGUUUAUAGUUGCGCCGGAGCAUAAGGGCUUCUUUAUACUCAGUGUGCGCGAGUCGGUCGCACGCGCCUGUCUCCGCGGAGUUUGUUUCACUGUGAUCCUCUGUGACCAUACCAUGAGCUGGGAGCAGGAUAAGUUGGAGAUAAACGAAGCGGUUGGCAGGUUGAUGAGGAACCUCAACUAUAACAACAUAGUUCACCGCCCUACCAGGGAAGGAGGCGUGGGCAAGCAACAGAAGCAUAUAAAGCGUCCAAUGAACGCGUUCAUGGUGUUUGCACAAGCCAUGCGUCGCAAGCUAUCUGAAGAAAGACCCUCGCUGCACAACGCUGAGCUCAGCAAGUUCCUCGGGGUCAUGUGGAAGAGCUUGACAGAGGAACAGAAAUUACCCUUCAAUAAAGAGGCGAAGAAGCUCCGCGACCAACACAAGAGGGAGUACCCCGAUUACAAAUACCAGCCGCGGCGCCGCAAGCCGCCCCCUGUCACCCCCAUGAGGCCUAAGAGGGAACCCUCACCAGACCGAGACCAAAUCGACUUCGCCCGCAUGCCAGAACUCUCCCCUGCCCUAUUAGACGGCCCUCCCGACGGAGCCGAAUUAGACCAAUACCUAAAACCCACCUCAGUACCAGAAUACCAUGAGCUCCAGCCGAGAUACAAUGCUCACGGGCUCACGCACCAAACUCCGCCGCCUCUUUACGCCCCACUACCUUCUCAUAUUCACCCCCCUUGCGCAGACUGGCAACACUAUGUUAACCAUUGAGAAUAUCUAUAAUUUUGUUUUUAUAGAGUUCGUGAAGGUUCUAGGAAAUCAGUCGGGAUUUACAGCCACAUGUAGAUAUUUUUUGCGUCAUUAAAAAUAGGUCAUCUAAUCUUCUAUAAGUAGGUAUAUGCUAUCGCCAUGUGUCCUAAGGGGCAUUUAGGCGCACGUGCGUUUAAUCAAACACAAACAUAAGAUAAUAUUUAACAGGAGUAAUGCCGAUAUGGUCGAUGAUUCAAUUGGCCAAAAUUAUUAUGACAUUUAAGUGUCUUCUCGUAGUAAAUUGUACUUCUUUAAUGUUUUGUAGCGCAUAUAUCAAUAAAGAGACAUAAAAGAAAAUUGACCCAGUACAAUUCAGUACUUAGUCGUCCACCUUAUUUGCUUAAAAAGGUGGAAGAUUUAUUUACCAUGUCAACUGUAUACUACUAAAGUGAGAACAAAAUUUGCUUUUUAUGUUUCAUUGAAAAAUGAUAGUAGGUACUUAGUUAUAACAUUUUGAAGAAAUUCCUCAUGUUCCAAAGUUAAUUAAGACAGAACAUUAUAUGUAAUGGUAUAAUUAAGUUAUUAUUGUGAAUGAUUAGUUAGGUUAAGUUGGUUUUGCAAUCAAUGUUAUAUUUAAUUAAUGUAUAUUCAAUAUUCCUUAUUUUAAGUUGUAAAUACGAACCAUUAAGAGUUUAUUGUUGUAACUUUAGACCUACCGAUUAUUUUUAUUGUUAUUAAGCU